AUAGGACAAUAUCAAUUAUAUCAAACACUUGGUAAAGGAAACUUUUCCAAAGUUAAAUAUGGACAAGAUAUGAAUGAUGGAACAACGUGGGCUAUUAAAAUCAUUGAUCGUAAAAUGAUUCAACAGGAAAAUUUGGAAUCUCAACUGAGACGUGAAAUUGCCAUUAUGAAAUUAUUAUCACAUCGACAUGUUAUUAGAUUACGUGAAGUUUUACAAUCACCUAGUAAUAUUUAUAUUGUUUUAGAAUUGGUUACUGGUGGUGAAUUGUUUGAUCGUAUUGUAAAGGCUAAAAGAUUUGAUGAAUGUCAAUGUAGAAAAUAUUUCCAUCAACUCAUUUCAGGAAUUCACUAUUGUCAUGAACAAGGUGUAUCACAUAGAGAUUUAAAACCUGAAAAUUUAUUAUUGGAUGAUAAGGAUGUUUUGAAAAUUAGUGAUUUUGGUUUGAGUGCUUUAUGUGUUGGAGCAGGUGAUUCAAAAAAGAUGUUAACUACUACAUGUGGUACUCCAAAUUAUGUUGCACCUGAAGUAUUAAUGGAAAAAGGGUAUGAUGGUAAAAAAGCUGAUAUUUGGUCAUGUGGUGUAAUAUUAUAUGUCAUGUUGUCUGGUCACUUUCCUUUUUCAGCUGAUUCCAUACAAGAAUUAUUUAAAAAGAUUAAGAAUGGAGAAUAUAAUCCAUUUCCUGAAUAUUUUUCAUCGGAUGCUAAAGAUUUAAUUAGAAGAAUGUUGGUAGUUAAUCCAGAUUUUAGAAUUUCAACAGAGAGUGUACUGAAACAUCCGUGGUUUACUCAGGAGGAAGAAUACAAUUUA